AUGGCGCCGCAUGCUGAGGCUGAUGCCAGCUCCGUGAACGGAGCUAGACACUCGAGCAACCACCGCUCUGGUGUUGCCAAUGGCUCUGCCGCACGGCCGCUCUUCACCGUGGACUCGCCGAACGUGGUAUAUUCCGAGUCGGAAAUUCGUUCCAAGUUCACGUAUCGCACCACCACGGUUACUAGGGAUGAGAAUGGCAUGUACAUUGCCACCCCGCAGGAGACCGUGUACGACUUUAAGGUCGACCGCAGGGUUCCCAAGACCGGCGUGAUGCUGGUGGGUUGGGGCGGCAACAACGGCACCACGGUAACUGCCGGCAUCAUCGCCAACCGCCGCGGCCUUGUCUGGCAGACCCGGAACGGCGAGCAGAAGGCCAACUACUAUGGUUCCGUCCUCAUGGGCUCGACCAUGAAGCUCGGCACGGAUGCCAACACUCUCAGGGACGUGAACAUCCCAUUUCAUAAUGUCCUACCCAUGGUCCACCCCAACGACCUCGUCAUUGGCGGUUGGGACAUUAGCGGCAUGAAUCUCGCCGACGCCAUGGACCGGGCCAAGGUUUUGGAGCCGACUCUGAAAGACCUGGUCCGCAAGGAGAUGGCUGGCAUGAUCCCGCUUCCUAGCAUUUACUACCCGGACUUUAUCGCCGCAAACCAGGAGGACCGAGCGGACAAUCUGAUUCCUGGCUCCAAGGCUUGCCUUGCCCAUGUCGAGCAGAUCCGCAAGGAUAUUCGUGACUUUAAGGCGGCCAACAACCUAGACAAAGUCAUCGUGCAGUGGACCGCCAACACCGAACGCUACGCCGACAUUAUCCCUGGCGUCAACGACACGGCUGACAAUCUUCUCAAGGCCAUUGAGAAUGGUCACGAGGAGAUUGCCCCGUCCACUGUGUUUGCCGUUGCGUGCAUCCUUGAGGGUGCUCCUUUCAUCAACGGUUCUCCCCAAAACACUUUCGUCCCUGGGGCCAUUGAACUGGCUGAGAAGCACGGCGCCUUCAUCGGUGGCGAUGACUUCAAAUCUGGCCAGACCAAAAUGAAAUCUGCCUUGGUGGAUUUCCUCAUUAAUGCCGGUAUCAAGCUUACCUCGAUCGCCAGCUACAACCACCUCGGCAACAACGACGGCAAAAACCUGAGCUCGCAGAAGCAGUUCCGCUCCAAGGAGAUCUCCAAAUCAAAUGUGGUAGACGACAUGGUCGAGGCCAACACCGUCUUGUACGCUGAGGGUGAGCACCCCGAUCACUGCGUUGUCAUCAAGUAUAUGCCAGCGGUUGGAGAUAGCAAACGGGCUUUGGACGAGUAUUAUGGCGAAAUCUUCCUCGGCGGCCAUCAGACCAUUACCAUCUCCAACACUUGCGAGGAUUCGCUUCUGGCAUCCCCACUGAUUAUUGACCUCGUGCUUGUCACUGAGAUGAUGACGCGUAUCCAGUGGCGGGCGCACUCAAAUGACGGCGAGAGCACCAAGGGUUACCAGAGCUUCCACAGCGUGCUGAGCAUCCUCAGCUACAUGCUUAAGGCUCCGCUGACACCCCCGGGAACGCCUGUCAUCAAUGCCCUGGCCAAGCAACGCGCUGCCCUCACCAAUAUUUUCCGUGCCUGCGUCGGUCUGGACCCCGAGUCGGACAUGACGCUGGAGCACAAACUCUUCUAG